UACGCUUGCUCAAACUUUCCAGUCUGAUGAGCGCAGGCUGCAUGAGAGUAUGUGUCAAUGUAAGGACUAUUUAUUGAAGCUAAAUUACAGAAAAGUUUUACUCGGUGUGUUCCUUAUUUCGACAACAUCCACUAUAAUAGUGAUCACCAACUUUUCGAGCAAGUUCGUCAGAAAAAGCACCAGCUACCACAACAACCUGACACGGCAAUAUUCUUUCGUGCAUGUCGAAAAGAAGACUGAAAACAUCAGGCCGCUGAUACUACUGUGGAACCCUGAAUGGGGGUAUGCCAAGAUACACCGGCAAGAUGGCUUCGCAGCCGGCCUCUGCACGGUCACAUAUAACCAGAGCCGAGUUUCAGAAGCACGGGCAGUUGUUAUUCACUUUACUGAUGUGACAAGGGAGUUGCUUGAAUGGGAAAACAAGACAAGAAACCCAGAUCAAUUCUUUGUGUUCUGGUCGGUUGAAGCUCCGUCGUACCUGCAGUAUUAUAACACAAAGGCAAAGUGGUACAAAGACGAUCACUUUUUUAACUGGACAAUGACUUAUCGGCGAGACUCUGAUAUUUUUGCGCCGUAUUUAGAAGCCGGUGUGGCCCGGGACAUCUUCUCGCGAAGAUUAAAAGAUACUGGCGCGGCUGUAGCUAAGAAGACUAGAGUCGCCCUGUGGCUGGUCAGUAACUGCAAUGUUCUCUACGGAUCGGUCGAACGAAUGAAAUAUGUCGAUAAAUUAAUAGAAGCAGGUCUGCCGGUCGAACGUUUUGGAAAAUGCUUCAACAAUGCGGCAGAGUUUAACGACUUAUCUCUUGAUAGACUUGCGUCAUAUAAAUUUUAUCUCGCUUUUGAAAACGCGUUACAUUGCAAAGAUUACGUUUCGGAAAAAUUCUGGCAAAACGGUAUACAGUCGUGGAGGGUACCCGUUGUUUGGGGGGCGAGGAAAGAAGAUCUUUUGCGUCUUGUUCCAGAAAACUCAUUCAUUCAUGCAGAUGAUUAUGAAACAGCUGCAGACCUGGCCGAAUACCUUAUAUAUUUGGACAACAAUACAACGGCGUAUACUGAAUAUUUUAAUUGGUUUGGUUCAAAUUAUACCACAGAAUAUCUGGCAACACUGUACGAGCGAACUGCUGAAACUUUACUCUGCGACAAACUGCUGGCAAAACCAGAGCCAAAAAUUAUUCCGUCGGUUAAAGAAAAUAUUUUUAGCUCUGAAUCAGAGGACUGUUUAAAGGAGAAAACUCUAAUAAAUGAUUGA